AUGUCGUCGGCGCAGCCGCUGCUCUCCGCCGCCGUGCGCCAGCUGUCGCCCAUGGCGUCCCGCGUCGUCGUCAAGGUCGAGCAGGUGAAGGGGUUCCAGGUGUUCCGCAUCGACGGCUACUCGUGGACCAAGACGCUCGCCGCCGGCGAGCGCAUCAGCUCGGGUCGCUUCGACAUCGGCGGCCGCGGCUGGUGCAUCGACUACUACCCCAACGGUGCGGGCCGCACUUCCGACUCCGACUCCGUCUCUCUCUACCUCAGGCGGCUCGCCGUCGCCGCCGGCUACAGGCAGCGCGUUCGGGCGCAGUACAAGUUCAGCCUGCUCGAUUCUUCCGGCAACGCCGCGUACGAGCUCCCCGCCGAGACGGCCGUCUUCACGGCCUCCGCCGACGACCGGCCCCGCUGGCCCAGAAUCCUAAACCUCCUCCGCCGCACCGGCGACAAGACGGAGGACAGGGACAUCGGCGCCGGCCUCCCCGGCUUCGUCGCCCAGGAGGAGCUGGAGAGGCGCCGCGAGAUCCUGCUCAGCGACGACUGCCUCGCCAUCCGCUGCGACGUCGCCGUCACGGAGGUGAUCGUCGCGCCCAAGGACGACGGCGAGUCGGCGACGACUCCUACAGUCCUACGCCCAAGGACUUCAGAAAAAUAG